GCGUACGUGUCCACCGCGCACGCCUACAAUAUUAUAAUCAGGAGUGGCUUAGUGCCGUGUUGCUGCUGUUGCUAUUUCCCCCGAAGAUGGCGGCGUGUAGACGUGUUCAGUUGCUUCUUCUGUUGAUGUCCAUCGUGGUCUCUGAGGUACAUCUGAAUGACAAUGAUGGUAUUCCUGCUUCGUUUAAGAACCAGGGACCAGGGCAAGCGCCUAACGCGGGGAACCCGGCAGCGCCCGCAGCCGGGGCCUCCCAGCCCCGCCGGAUCACCGGCUGGAAGCUAGCCGAAGAGGAGGCCUGUCGGGAGGACCUGACGCGGCUCUGUCCCAAGCACACCUGGAACAACAACCUGGCCGUGCUGGAGUGCUUGCAGGAUCGGAAGGAGGACACGGAGAUUGCUUCCGACUGCAAUCAUCUACUCUGGAACUACAAAUUUAACCUGACCACUGACCCAAAAUUUGAAUCUGUUGCGGUAGAAGUCUGCAAGAGCACAAUUACAGAGAUUAAAGAAUGUGCAGAGGAAGAGCGAGGCAAGGGCUACCUAGUGUCCUGCCUGGUGGAUCACCGUGCCAACAUCACAGAAUACCAGUGCCACCAGUACAUCACCAAGAUGACGGCCAUCAUCUUCAGUGACUACCGGCUCAUCUGCGGCUUCAUGGGCAAAUGCAGGGAAGACGUCAACACACUCCACUGUGGCAGCAUCUCCACUGGAGAGAAGGACAUUCACUCCCAGGGUGAGGUGAUCGCCUGUCUGGAGAGGGCUCUGGUGUUGGAGUUGGAGGAGCGGGAAAACCGUUACGAGAUCAAAGAGGAGUGUAAGAAGGCCAUCCUGCGUGUAGCUGAGCUCUCCUCUGACGAUUUCCACCUGGACCGAUACCUCUACUUCUCCUGCCGGGAGGACCGCGAGCGGUUCUGUGAAAACACGCAGGCUGGCGAGGGCAGAGUCUACAAAUGUCUCUUCAACCACAAGUUUGAGGAUUCCAUGUCCGAGAAGUGUCGGGAGGCAUUAACAACGCGUCAGAAGCUGAUCGCUCAGGAUUACAAAGUCAGCUACUCGCUGGCUAAAGCCUGCAAGGUGGAUCUGCGGAAAUAUCGGUGCAACGUGGACAACCUCCCCCGUGCCCGCGAAGCUCGCCUUUCCUACCUGCUGCUGUGUCUGGAGUCUGCUGUGCACAGAGGCCGGGUGGUGAGCGGGGAGUGCCAGGGGGAGAUGCUGGAUUACCGGCGGAUGCUGAUGGAGGAUUACUCACUGAGCCCCGAGAUUGUGCUCAACUGCCGUGGGGAGAUUGACCACCACUGCUCCGGGCUUCACCGCAAGGGACGUACCCUGCACUGCCUCAUGAGACUGGGGCGAGGAGAGAAGAACAGCCUGGGGGCCACCUGCCAGCAAGCACUCCAGACUCUGAUUCAGGAGACGGACCCUGGCUCUGAUUACAGGAUCGACAGGGCACUGAACGAGGCCUGCGAGUCUGUCAUGCAGACAGCCUGCAAACACAUCCGGACCGGGGACCCCAUGAUCCUGUCCUGCCUGAUGGAGCACUUAUACACAGAGAAGAUGGUAGAGGACUGUGAACAUCGCCUGCUUGAGUUGCAGUACUUCAUCUCUAGAGACUGGAAGCUGGACCCCAUCCUGUACCACAAGUGCCAGGGUGAUGCUGUCCGUCUGUGCCACACUCAUGGCUGGAACGAAACAAGCGAGAUCAUGCCACCAGGGGCCGUGUUCUCCUGCCUGUACCGCCAUGCCUACCGCACUGAGGAGCAGGGCCGCAGGCUGUCCCGGGACUGCAAGGCUGAGGUGCAGAGGAUCCUGCGCCAGCGUGCUCUGGAUGUGAAGCUGGAUCCCAUGCUGCAAGAGCGUUGCAUGACUGACCUGGGCAAGUGGUGUAGCGAGAAGACUGAGUCAGGCCAGGAGCUGGAGUGUCUGCAGGAUCACCUGGAGGAUCUGAUCAGUGACUGCAGAGACGUUGUGGGCAACCUCACUGAGCUGGAGUCUGAGGACAUUCAGAUUGAAGCUCUGCUGAUGAGAGCCUGUGAGCCAGUGAUCCAGGCCUACUGUCAUGAGGUGGCUGAUAACCAGAUUGACACAGGAGACCUGAUGGAGUGCCUGAUCCAGAGCAAACACCAGAAAGAAAUGAAUGAGAAAUGCAUGGUCGGGGUCACCCACUUCCAGCUGGUCCAGAUGAAGGAUUUCCGCUUCUCCUACAAGUUCAAGAUGGCUUGUAAGGAAGAUGUACUGAAGCUCUGUCCCAACAUUAAAAAGAAGGUUGACGUUGUGAUCUGUCUGAGCACCACAGUGAGGAACGACACUCUGCAGGAAGUCAAGGAUCAGCGUGUCUCUGUCAAGUGCCGCAAGCAGCUGAGAGUGGAGGAGCUGGAGAUGUCUGAAGAUAUCCGUCUGGAACCAGAGCUGUAUGACUCCUGCAAGCAGGACAUCGGGAAAUACUGCCAGAAUGUGCCUUACGGGAACGCCCAGGUGACUGAGUGUCUGAAGGAGAAUAAGAAGCAGCUGACCCAGCGCUGUCACCAGAGAGUCUUCAAGCUGCAGGAAACUGAGAUGGUGGACCCUGAGCUGGACUACACCCUCAUGAGAGUGUGCAAGCAGAUGAUCAAGCGGUUCUGUGGCGAUGCUGAGACGAAGAACAUGCUCCAGUGUUUGAAACAGAACAAGAACAGCGAGCUCAUGGACCCCAAAUGCAAACAGAUGAUCACCAAGCGGCAGAUCACCCAGAACACAGAUUACCGUUUGAACCCCGUGCUGCACAAGGCCUGCAAAGCGGAUAUCCCCAAAUUCUGCCAGAACAUCCUGAACAAGGCAACCGACGGCAGCGAGCUGGAGGGACAGGUCAUCUCCUGUCUGAAGCUCAAGUACGCAGACCAGCGCCUCUCCCCAGACUGCGAAGACCAAAUCAGAGUGAUUCUUCAGGAGUCUGCCCUAGACUACAGACUGGACCCCCAGCUGCACAUGCACUGCAUGGAGGAGAUCACCAGUCUGUGUGCUGAGGAAGCUGCUGCCCAGGAACAGACUGGCCAGGUGGAGGAGUGUCUCAAAGUCAACCUGCUCAAGAUUAAACAGGACACCUGCAAGAAGGAGGUGCUGAACAUCCUGAAGGAGAGCAAAGCAGACAUUUUUGUGGAUCCUGUUCUCCACACAGCCUGUGCCCUGGACAUCAAACACCACUGUGCUGCCAUCCCACCAGGCAGGGGGCGACAAAUGUCCUGUCUGAUGGAGGCCUUAGAAGACAAGCGGGUCAGACUUCAGCCAGAGUGUAAAAAGAGACUGCAAGAUCGCAUUGAGAUGUGGAGCUAUGCAGCUAAGGUGGCGCCAGCGGAAGGCUUCUCCGAUCUGGCAAUGCAGGUGAUGGUUUCUCCCUCGAAGAACUACAUCUUGUCAAUGAUUGCGCUGUGCGUGUCCAUGCUCUUUGUGAUGGGGCUCCUGUGUGGCCGUCUCACCAAGCGGUUGACACAAGAACAAAAGGACAGGUAGAGAGGGGAGCCAGCCCAUCCACCCGCUCUCUUCCCACCUUCCCCUACCUUGUACAGCCCAGCCCUGUGGAACACAACACAACGCAGCUAAACUCCACCACCAGUGCCAUUCGCUGCCAGCUGGGACCCCCUCCUCCCUCCCGGACCACACCUCGCCUGCCCUCUAGAGGACUUGUUUAGUGACCUGUAGCCUCAUUUCUCCAUUGUGUAUAUCUGAAUCGCUGCCACCUUUCAAUCGGGUGGACACUGACUUGACGGCUCAAGCAGAUUUUGUUGUAAAAUCAGGUUUUGCUUUGUACAUUUCUUUUCUUGCCAAAUAUAGUUUUGUGGGGGUUUUUUUUUCUACCCCAGGUGGCGCAAAUGUGCAUUAGCAUCUAAUCUUCUCUGCCACCUGUUGGGCCAAUGUUGGAUUUUUUUUCUUUUGUUUUGAUUUACCAACAGAAAGGGGGUGGGGUUAUGGUGGUAUUCAAGUGGGGGAAGAAUAGAAGUCUGGUUUUCCUGGCUUUAAGGUUUAUUGGCUGUUUUUGUUUUUAGCUUAUGAUUUUUUUGAAAUGCGAUUGUUUUCUGAGCCAUGGAGGAUGGAAAGUCUUGUGGAGAAACGUAAAAUAGCCCUGCUGUGUUUAAUAGUGGGACACAACCAAUCAUUCAGAACACUCCCAAGAAGCCAAUGGCUGGUUUCAACACUCUCUCAAGAUUCUCAGUUGUAGAAUAUCCGUCCUGUACAAAAUAAAAUUGGCAGCCUUGCUCCAAAUUUCAGUAAUUCUCACCCCACCCCCAACUCUGACAGCGAGAAGUGCAAACCUGAACCUAGCCUGUUUAAUUGGAAUAAAACUGUCUCUCGUUGCCUUAUUUUCACCCUUGGGUAUCCUCUGCUAUACGUACCGAGGCAUCAGCACUGGUGCCAGUUAGUGCCUCUGAUUUUGGUUAGUUGGGUAUUGGGUUGUAGAAGCUGAAUGUAUCCAAAGCUUUUAAAAUUAAUUAAUUAAAUGAUUCAUCAGCGCUUGGCAAGCAUGUUUAGUACGGAACAUUUUACUGUGUCAAAUGAAGUGCCACUUGUCCAACUUUUUUUUUUUAUUGUGCUGCUGACAGUCUGGUACAAAUGACUGUUUGCCCUAAAAAUUGGUACAAGAGUAAAAGACGAAGAUAAACUGUACUUUGUUGAAAAUGAAUGUUGAAAAACUGGUCUGUAUGGGGAACUCUGGUUUUGGCCAAAUGUUGUGUAUUCCAAUGCGUGGAUGCAGUACAUCCAGUGUGUCUCUCUGGUUCAUUGUAUAGUUCAAAAGAAUUCUACUGACCUUGCAAAGCAAAAAUACAGGAAUUGAAUUUGAAUAAACAAGAUGCCAUACUUGAUCUGUAUCAACAGACACCCAUGUAAUAACAUGAGAUUCAGAUUUUGAAUGAAACAUCAAUAUAGCAGACACACACACAUUUUGGCUUUAUGACUUAUUGGUGUUCUUGCCUGCUUAAUUCUGAAUAUAUGAAUGUAAGCCCUGGGCAAUACAGACAUAAAGACAUACAGAUAUACAUACAGACAGACAGAUAGACAGACAUACAUACAGACAUUCUACAGCAGCACCAGGUAGAGUGCUGCAGAUCCGUAUCCAGUUUAUUGAUCAUCCGUGUGUGGUUCGGAAACCCGUGUAUCGUCCAACACGAAUCAAUCACUUCUAUACGACUUCUGGGGUUGUAUAGAUUCAUUUUAGAAUCAAUGUUGAUUCUUUUUCAAGAAGCAUUGUGUGUGUGUGUGUGUGUAUAUAUAUAUAUAUAUAUAUAUAUAUAUAUAUAGCUUUUAUAAGUGCAUACAUGUAAUAAAUGUGUGUUUUGCUUCCCUAGCAUGCAUUUUGAAGGUCAGAAGAAUUAUUAAAUGUUGAAUUUAUUUUUUAAUCUGAAGAUAUUUGACUUGGUAAAAGGGGUAGGUUAGUGUUACUAUCUUCUACUGGUUGGUAGGUGCUUGAGAGAUAGUGUGAGGAGGUGGCAGGGUAGCACAAUGAAAGGGGAGGUGGGGCAGGGUGGGAGAAUUGACAAUGAGCUGCAGCAAUAAUGCUAAAAUAACAGUACUCUAUCUUUGGUUAGGCAGUGGUGCAUGCUUUAGGUGUUGCUAAUGAUAGACUAGGAAGGGAGAGCAGAGGCACUGCUAUGUCGGCCUGGUGUGUGGUAUGAAAGUUUUAAAUCAAGAUAUAUUUUUUUUUGAUCAAUAUAUGAUUUUGUACAUAUUCAUGGUGCCCUUCGUGAAUUUGCAAGGUAGCUUGCGUAGUAAAAUAAGUAUAAUUGAACUGGGGUCCUAGGAACUAAAUAUAUAUACAUUCAUUCCCCCGCCCCUCUCCCCUUUUAUUACUGGCUGUUUUCUUCUUCUCUUUCAGCCAUUAUCUGCAUGUUGAGAGUUUAUCGAUGGGUUCAAAUUUAAAGUUUUAUUUAUUUGUCAUUACAUUUGAGCUUAUUUGAGCUUGGUAGUCCAUCUGGAUUCCCUGUGUUCUCUUGUCUCAGUUUCUCAAAGCGCACAGGGUUUCAAACCUAUUUACCCAUACACCACUAAGUUGCAGGUUAGCUGCCUGUAAUGAAUUCCCGAUAGAGCCGGCCUUCCAAUGCCUCUACAAAGCAGCCUCCACAAAAGCUUUUAGGAACCAACUGCAGACUACUGUUUCUAGGGAGGGAGGGAGGGAGGUGGGGUCUAGAUUUAGUUGUGUAAGGAUGUGAAAAGAAAAAAAGGCUUGUGGAAAGGGUUUUCUGGCCUUUCAUUCGGACAGCACUCACAAGUCCUUUUAUUGUAUUGCUGAUGGUUUCCCAGACUUCACUGAGAACCAGUUACCCUGAUUCUAUACAUAUUCACUUCAGGUACAGGUGAACGGACCCCAUCUGAUCCUCACAUAGAAAGUCUGAGUGAAAUGGCCAGCAAAAAAAAGGGCCUUGUGUUGUGAUUUACAAGGCGGUUUUUAAAACUUUGGUUAUUAGAAAUAACUUUUGUUGUAAACAAAGUGCUUCAGAUGGAGCAUGUCUCAGUGCAUUAACAACCCCCUCCCAAGUCUGGAUAACCGCAUUAUACAGACCCCCUCCCCCAACAGUGCAGACAGCAUUAAAUAUCAUUCUACAGAUCAGUAGUUACUGUCUUUGUCGGUUUUAAAGUGAGAUUUACUCAAAUAAAAUGGUUUUGUAAUAUCUUUCUUUGUGUAUAAAGUCAUGAAUGUACUAUUCUUCUGUUCUAACUGAUUAUGCCAUGUAAUAUUAAGAUGUGACAGAUAAAUAACAUCAUGUGCAUUGUUUUCGUUCUGUACAGAUGAAAUGGGACAAUUUAUUAAUAAAACGGUCUGCAGGUUUUUAUAGCUUGGCUCUGCUGGA